ACAGAAAUCUAACAGAUCAGGAUUGCUUCAGCAGUUUCUAUGAUCCGAUCUGUUUUGCCACUUUGACUUGAAAGAGCUUUGAUUGAUUUGGACUAAUCCCGAAACUGGGUUUUGGAUUGGGAAUUAUCGACCCUAAUCUAUUUUCUGUUGUUUCAUGUUGGGAUCGGUCAAGAAAAAAAGAAUGGUGAUUUUAACGUGACAAAAUUUGAAAGCUUCAGGUGUAUGGUAGUAUGAUUGGAAAUUAUUGAAGCCUUUGGAUUGCAUCAUUCGUGUCAGACUGCGGCAUUUGUUAUCUCAGUUUAUUACAGAGUAUUUUGUGCAAGCUUUGUUAUAGUUAAGGAUUGCCAUGGUGCUGGCAUGUUCCGUGACCACAGGAUAUCAGAAUAUGUUGGUGCCAUGACCAGUUAUGUGCCUGCUACAAAUGUGCAUACUCAGUUCUAAAUGAUUGGCAUGGGCAUGCUGCAGAACAUGGCUACAUGUCCAGUGGAUCCUACCAUAUUGAUCACUCUUGUGCCCAUUAAGUUGAUGCUUCGUUGUGGUUAUUAUAUCUCUUUAUUGUUACUAAUGACAUGUUUUAAGCAUGACUGUAUGAUUUAUCAGUGUUUUUAAAAGGCAUUCGGGUGCUCGUCUAGGCGCUCGAGCAAGGCGAGGCCCAAGCGCCUCGCACAAGGUCUAGGUGAUGUGCUUCUCUUAAGUGCCGCCCGGGCGCUCGAGCAAAUCCAAUGAGUCAAACCAGAUUUUGGACUCUCGUUCGAUUCAGCAGUGACUUAGUUGGCUCAAUCAAACCAACUAAGCCCAACAGUAAAAAAAUCGAAACCCACUUCCCUCCCUCGACUCGCUCGGUAAACCCUAGGAUCCCUCGUUGCAUUCUUUGCAGCUGACGGAAAGGUCCAAUCUUCCUCUUCCACCACUAAGUCCUUUGCCGCUGACAUAAAGCUCCCUCCGUCGUCAAGGGACAGUUCCACAGCUUUCUCCGUUGUUGAUGUCACCGUCCACAACUUCCUCUUGCUGUCCGAAGUGCCGUAAUGGGCAUACACUCUGCUCAACUUGUAAAUCAAGAGUGCAUAACCGGUGCCCUACUUGUAGACAAGAGCUUGGGGACAUCAGGUGUCUAGCACUUGAAAAGGUGGCCGAAUCACUUGAGCUGCCUUGCAAAUAUAGCACACUUGGCUGCCCUGAAAUCUUUCCCUACUACAGCAAGCUCAAGCAUGAAGCACGAUGCAACUUCAGGCCUUAUAAUUGCCCAUAUGCUGGAUCCGAAUGCUCAGUUGUUGGCGAGAUUCCUUUCUUGGUCGCACAUUUGAGAGACGAUCAUAAAGUAGACAUGCAUACCGGAUGCACAUUCAAUCACCGUUAUGUAAAGUCGAAUCCACGAGAGGUUGAAAAUGCAACAUGGAUGCUGACUGUCUUUUACUGUUUUGGACAGUACUUUUGCUUGCACUUUGAAGCCUUCCAGUUAGGUAUCGCUCCUGUUUACAUGGCGUUUCUACGGUUCAUGGGUGAUGAAAAUGAGGCAAGGAACUUCAGUUACAGCCUUGAAGUUGGGGGCAAUGGCAGGAAGCUAACAUGGGAAGGUACUCCACGUAGCAUCCGUGACGGCCACCGCAAAGUCCGAGACAGUCAUGAUGGUCUUGUAAUACAGAGGAACAUGGCCUUAUUCUUCUCUGGUGGUGACAGGAAAGAGCUGAAGCUGCGUGUCACAGGCCGGAUAUGGAAGGAGCAGCCAAACCCUGACUCUGGAGUGUGCGCCCAGUCUCUAUAGGUGAGAUCCGAAACUUGUAUGUGCCAUUAUGUCAAUGCAAUGUGUGGCUUUGUGGUUGCAAUGUGGUGCGUAACCAUAUCGCACUUUGAUGCACGUUAAUGCGAUAAUUGUGAAUAGAGGAAUGGAUGUUUAUGUGGUUUGAAAACAUGCAUCCUGGAACUGUAGUGACUAAUAACAGUAUCUUCUGUCAGUACAGUAGGAUACAUGAUUUUGAAUAUUUUCCCUUUAUUUUAUUUUAAAACAAGAAUCUUUUCUGUUCCUUUUCCA